AUGUCGCCGCUGUCGAGACAUGCGUGUACUUGUUCCAAUUCAUCAACGAACGAAUUGUCUAGCACCGGUAUCCCUUUCCUCAAGCAUGGCGAACAACGAAGAUGACGCUCAGAUUGAAGUAGAAGAAUCUACUGAAAUUAAGACAAAAAAGCACGAUUCUGGUGCAAGGGAUCUUGAAAAAGUUACAGACUAUGUUGAAGAAAAAGAAAUAUCAGCUCAGAGCAUCGGAGAUGCGAUGAAAGCAAUGAGUGAUAGGAAAACUAAAGAGAGGGCGAAAAAACAGGAGAGAGAACGAGAGCUGGCAAAAGUGAAAAUUAACAAAGAAGAUGUGGACUUGAUUGUAGCGGAAAUGGAAAUUUCUAGACAAGUCGCCGAGCGGAAACUACGGGAACACAACGGUGAUGUUGUAGAGGCGUUAGUUGCGUUAACGAACUGACAGUUAACGGGCGGCACCUUCUAUAAGAAAUUGUGUACAUGGAUACGGAGGUGGAAAGUUUAUACUGUUUGUUGGAACAAUAUGCACUUAGAUAACUAAAAAGGGAUGUAGUAACGAAUUUAUGUUCUUAUGUCCAGACUUAUUAGUUAUGCUAGUACUUGUUAAGAUAUUUAUUUACAUUUAUAAUUAACAUUGUCUUAAUAAAUUUAAAGCAUGUAAAUAAAGCUAUCUAGAAUGACA